GUAAAGGUUGCCAUAAAGGACAAACAAGUGAAAUACUUUAUACAUUACAGUGGUUGGAAUAAAAACUGGGAUGAAUGGGUUCCAGAAAGCAGAGUGCUCAAGUAUGUGGACACCAAUCUGCAGAAACAGCGAGAACUUCAAAAAGCUAAUCAGGAGCAGUAUGCAGAGGGAAAGAUGAGAGGGGCUGCCCCAGGAAAGAAGACAUCUGGACUUCAACAGAAAAAUGUCGAAGUCAAAACAAAAAAGAACAAACAGAAAGCUCCUGGGAAUGGAGAUGGUGGCAGUACCAGUGAAACACCUCAGCCUCCUCGGAAGAAAAGAGCCCGAGUAGAUCCUACAGUUGAAAAUGAGGAGACUUUUAUGAACAGAGUUGAAGUUAAAGUAAAAAUUCCUGAAGAACUAAAACCAUGGCUGGUUGAUGACUGGGAUUUAAUUACUCGACAGAAACAGCUCUUCUAUCUCCCUGCCAAAAAAAAUGUGGAUUCCAUUCUAGAGGAUUAUGCAAAUUAUAAGAAAUCUCGUGGAAAUACAGAUAAUAAGGAGUAUGCUGUCAAUGAAGUUGUGGCAGGGAUAAAAGAGUACUUCAAUGUAAUGUUGGGCACUCAGCUUUUGUACAAAUUUGAAAGACCACAAUAUGCUGAAAUCCUGGCAGACCAUCCUGAUGCCCCCAUGUCCCAGGUGUAUGGCGCACCACACCUGCUGAGAUUGUUUGUAAGAAUUGGAGCAAUGUUGGCCUAUACACCUCUGGAUGAGAAGAGUCUUGCAUUAUUACUGAAUUACCUUCAUGAUUUUCUAAAGUACUUGGCGAAGAAUUCUGCAACUCUGUUUAGUGCCAGUGACUAUGAAGUGGCGCCUCCUGAGUACCACCGGAAAGCAGUGUGAGGCACAGACACUCACUCGAGUUGUUUGGGAUUUCUGUAACACACUUCUGUUCUUAGUCCUCUUGUACACUUGUAUUUUGAAAACGUAUAACAAAAUUGAUGUUUGUUUUCUGUUUGAGUUUAAACUCAGAAAUUAAAAGGGGUCCUGGCUCCUUUUCUCUCUCUUUUUUUUUAAAUUUCAAAGUCGCUACCAGUGUAUUCAGUGAUCGACGGCAGAGAGAUAUGACUAUAGUGUUUCAUUGCCUGGUUGACAAAGCUGCUUGUGAUGCUGGUGGUCCUAUUCCUUUGACACUACGCACUUUGAUAUUAUGUGUUAAUGCUCUAUGACAAAUGCUCUGAUUGCUAGUGCCAAAGGUUCAAUUCAGUGUAUAUACCUGAACACUUGCGCCCACUUGUGCUCCUUUUUUUUUUUUUCUUUUAAUGGUGCUUAAAGAGCCCACCUGCUGCAGGUCCUUCAUGGUGUUCCUUAGGCAUCCUGCCUUUGCUCGGAUUGUAGAAUAGUGGCUUGUUUCAUUGUGUUUGUGUUUGUGUCAAUGCACGUUUGCCAUGAUAGACUCAAUGCCUUGUGUAGCUGCAGUUUUCUGGAACAAUCUUUUAGGAAUUGUUUUUCAGAUCUUCAAUAAAUUUUUCUUUAAGUUUCAAAAAAAAAAUAA